AGACGGACCCAAUGAGAGAGCUCCGUGUCCGAACCCGGAAGUCGGCUUCCCCCUGGCAGGCUGUUGUUUUUAACGCUGCGUCUGGAUCCUGCGGCUGUUCCGUCGUUUCUGUCGCUUUCCUGUCGCUCAUCGAUGGAAACUAACAAAACACGUCUGGGUUCGUCCUGAGAGCUUCACGUGCACCGCUGCUCCAGCUUCUCCCAGUCAGUCCAUGGCUGAUCAGCAUGAGUCCAUCGACCUCAUGUCUCCUCCAGUGGACCCACCCGCAGCUGCAGGACACAGCUGGUUCCCUGGACCCCCUCCGCCCAUCUACUCCUGCACCCUGACCCCUGAACUGGUGGCCAAGGCGCGGGAGGAGCUGCAGGAGAAACCAGAGUGGCGUCUCCGGGAUGUGCAGGCACUGAGAGACAUGAUACUGAAGGAACAGCCAAACCUCAGGACGAGGCUGGACGACUCCUUCCUCCUACGCUUCCUGCGGGCCAGGAAGUUCGACUACGACCGUGCGCUGCAGCUGCUGCUCAAUUACCACGCAGGUCGUAAAGCCUGGCCAGAGGUGUUCCAGGAUCUGAAGCCGUCCACGGUGAAGCACGUCCUGGACCUGGGCUUUCUGACGGUCCUGCCCCAGCCCGAGCCCAACGGGCGGUACAUCCUCUGUGUCCGGCCAGGAAAAUGGAAACCAAACGAUUAUCCAUUCGUGGACAACGUGAGGGCCAUUUAUCUGACGCUGGAGAAGCUCAUCCAGCCCGAGGAGACGCAGGUGAACGGUAUCGUCAUCUUAGCCGACUACACUGGCGUGGGCAUGUCACAGGCGUCCAACCCGGGCCCGUUCCUCGCCAAAAAGGUUGUGAGCAUCCUCCAGGAUGGAUUUCCAAUCAGAAUCAAGGCCGUGAACAUCAUUAACGAGCCGAGGAUUUUCAAAGGCAUCUUUGCUAUAAUUAAACCGUUUCUGAAGGAGAAGAUGGCGGAGAGGUACAUCCUCCACGGCUCGGACCUGCGCUCUCUGCACCGGAACAUCCCCCGCUCGGUCCUGCCAGAGGAGUACGGCGGCACCGCGGGCCAGCUGGACAUGUCCGCCUGGUCCAGGCUGCUGCUGGACUGUGAGGAGGAGUUCAUAGUGGAGUUCUGCCAGCCUGAUCCACUAGAGGGUGUGGUGCUCCCAGACUCCAUGUUGUUCGAAGGCGAGCAGAGCAGAGGGCAGGACGACGACACCUUCAGGGGGCUGCGCUCGCAACUUUAUUACUGCUACUGAUGCACCGUGUCGACGUGUAGACUCCCGUCGCUGAGAGGACAGUUUAUGUUUCAUUCGAAACGUACUGACGCGGCAAAUUUGCCGACGUUCUACAUGAUUUAUUUUACUAACAAAGCAGCACUGCUCUAGGAAGAUUCUCUUAAUGUACAUGUAGCCCAACGAUCAAUCAUGUUCCCAAGGCAGCUGCAGACUCAGGCAAGAGGCUUUGACAUGAGCUGAUCAUUCAGAGACGUUUUAUAGACGUUUCAUUGGCCUCUGUGGAUUAUUUUACAGUAUUUACAGUGAAGGAGGGAUUCAUAUUAUUUUCUGCAGUAGUCAGGGGCCCAGAUGUGUUUUGAAAGACUUUAUGUAAACGUUCCUCCAAUCCAUACUGUCCAUUAAAAAUGUCUUUAAUGUGUUUCCAAUGGAAGAGACGGGGGAUAAAAAAAACACACUUCAGGCCUCAGUAAUCUCAGUCAGAAUAAGUUAUUGUAUUUACAGAGAGAAUAUCAGGAGAAACAAAGAGGGAAUUGGGUAAUAAAAAAGUAAAAUUUCACUGAGACCACAGAUGUCUCACGUUAAAAUAUCUUCUUCUGUUGAACGUGGACUGUGGAUUCUGUCCCUCGUCUCUUUCACUCCCUUAGCGGCCGGUACGAACAGAAGGUCUUAAUACAGUGAGCAAAAAAACAAAGUAAAUCUGUUUUAAUGUACACAUGGGCAAGAGCACUGUUUGAGAACAGUCGUGGAAAAAUAUGAACCCAUCUGUUAACAGUUUCCACUGCGGAGCGAUUCUAAAAACAGAUGCUCACAACUCACAACUCACAUCUCUCACGUUUGUUGGGUUUCUGUCGGCAUGGUUACGUCCACCAUGUCUCCAGUUCCCGUGAAGGUAACUGUCACAGUGCUUCGCCUUAAACUUCUGUUAAUGAGUAGAUUCUCCAUCAUUUUGUUUCACCAAAGCAAUAUUCAUGUUUCCCCGGGGGCUUGUUGUUUCACCUGAGGGUGGAGGUACCUCGGUGUUAGUGGGUGUGUACAGAUGCUGCUGUGGCCGAGAGGAAGAAUAACGUCAUAGAUCAACUCGUGAAUGUUUUAGUUCAAUAUCUUGUUCCUACACGGUGUUUUCAUGCCUUUGUGUCGCUGACGCUUUAGUUUUCUCCAGAUUGAAUCUCCUAAAAGGAUUAAUGUUUUUUAUUUUUUAUUCUGAUAAUCUGCCUUAUGUUUUUCUUGUUUUAACCUUUUUGUGACCUGUGUGUCAUCACGCAGUCUUAACGCGGUGGGGGGGGGGCAAUUGUGAUCACAGGAGUCACAUGGGGGAACAGAACAUUCUGUCCCCACUCCAUAGAUAUCUGCUUUGCCAAAAUCUCACAUCAGGCCAUGUACAGACAUGUGCAAUGAUCUGUUGUCGUGCCGUUUGCCCGAAGCCAACUUUGAAUAAUGUUGUUCAUUCUUUUUUAUAAUUUUAUUUUUCGAGCAUGUGUGUGUGUGUCACAAUAAGCUGCAUUGUGUUGCCGGAUAUUUAUCGUCUGUAGCGUAGAUAAUAAAGUGAAACACAACUGGA